CAUACGUGCGCGUAUUCCGGACAGUGGACUCCCUUCAUAAAGUGUUUAGGCAAAAGGACGAGGUGACAAAACUAUCAACAUGGCUGUGACGGGCUGCACGAAAUGCAUUAAAUUUAUGUUAUUCUUCUUUAAUUUUAUUUUCUGGCUGGCCGGAGGUGUGAUCUUAGGAGUGGCCCUGUGGCUCCGCCAUGACAAUCAGACCAGCAGCCUUCUCAUACUUCAGUUUGAAGGCCAACAGGCACCGGGCACUUUCUAUAUCAGUGUGUACAUACUGAUAGCUGUCGGGGCUGUGAUGAUGCUUGUGGGCUUCCUCGGAUGUUUUGGUGCCAUUCAGGAAUCUCAGUGCCUGCUAGGGACGUUCUUCUUCUUUUUGGUGAUCCUCUUUGCUUGUGAAGUGGCUGCAGCAAUUUGGGGUUUCAUGAACAGGGACACAAUCUCCAAGGAGCUGAUAAACUUCUACGACUCAGUGUACAUCAAGGCUGUGGAUGUCUCAGGGUCUUCCAAUAAAGACGCUGCCUUCAAGGUGCUGGAAGUUUUCCACAAAACGCUCGACUGCUGUGGUAAAGGAGAUAACAAUCAGCUCUUCAUGCAAGCCGCCAACACGUUGUGUCUGAAAAAGACUCCAGUAGAUAUUCAGAAAACUCCGGUGAGCUGUCAUGUUAAACUGACUGAGCUGUUCUCGCAGAAGCUCUAUCUGAUUGGUCUGGCUGCCUUGGUGGUCGCUGUCAUCAUGAUCUUUGAGAUGAUCUUCACCAUGGUGCUCUGUUGUGGGAUCCGAAACAACCCUGGAGUUUACUAGGAGUCCAGCCAACAGCAGUCCACAUCAGCUUGUAAUGGAAAAAUUUUAUUAUGUGUUUCUAUGCAUCAGCUCAUUUUCCUUUUGAUUAUAGUGCUACAAGAUGGAGUUCCCUCCUUUCAUUGCAGAAUCUAUAAACUGUGUUAUAAUAUAAUUUAAGCAGUUGGGUUUCCGUGGUUGACGCGAGUUAGACUGUGUGUUUUUGAGUCAACGUUGUGUCUCUUUGUGCCUGAUGAACGACCUCAUGCUGUUUUACCUGUAUUAAUAUGGAAAACAAUCCUCUUUAUAAUGACAAAAACAGCAAGGUUUUCUUAUUUAACCAGUUUUAAUAGUGAUAAUAAAUUGUGUAAUUCCAAUGGUUUAUUAAGUUUCAGCUGUUUUUCAUCAUAGGUUUCUUGUUUAUAAGUUCUGAGCAGUACAAAAAAGGAAUUCUGUCUUCUCAUAUUAUUUGAUUUGACUAAUUUUUAGAAGCCUGAAGAGGUAAAACUAAUGUAUUUUGUAAAAGAGAAGCAAAGUGAGGAAAAUAAACAUAUUUUGUGUA